CCGGAUGUGCCGUGGCUUUAUUAUUUCCGUGUUCUUAACUGGUGACAAAUACAAGCUCCUAAAGUUGCGAUGGUAAAAGACUAGUAGGGAUGUGGUUGGUAAUAAACCAAAUGUUCUGGGGAUUUAAUGGUUUGAACCAGUAUCCAGAGGGCAGUGGUAACCGUAACACUGUGACGUGGCAAUUUUGCUGAAGACAGAGCAGGUUUUUUGGAGGCCUGGGGGUAAAGCUAGCAGUCAAGCUAACGAUAAAUAUCCAUUAUGUCUUGGGAAGAAUUGCCUUGCUUUCUGGCCUCGCCUCUGCCCGGUUUCUUUGCUGUCUGAUCUGCGUUGGGCAAGAAAGGAAGCAGGUAACUUGAAACUCUACUGUCAAUGCUGCGCGGGAGAAAAAUAUAAAUUACUCAACACCAACGGGUUUACUGUAGCUUGUUAGCUUGUGGGCCAUGGCGGACAGCUUUGGAGAUGAGUCCAGCAGCAGUGCCCUAGGCUUAGACGUUACUACGGGACAGGGGAGCGGAGCCUCACAGCUUCCGAUUUUGUCUAACUCUCUGCCGGUGGGAAUGUCGGCAACUGGCGGUGUGCACUCCAGCUCCAACCCGACCUCUCCGCCUCUUGCUGUCGCCGCGCAGAGUGGCCUAACAGCUGUGGUGGCCCCUAUGUCCGCUGUCACUGCUACCCCGGUCAGUUUUGGGAACACAUUGACUCCCGGCUCUUCACCACCAGUCGUGGCCGUGUCUCCCACAUUGCAUGCCUCCUCGCCUCUCCCCGGUGUUGGGCUAGGGGCGGCAGGAGCGGGCCUCCUAUCUCAAAUCAAUGCCACUUCCUGGGACCCAACUCUUAGCACGGAUUGGGACAACGAAAAAGCUUCCCAGCAGUGCAUCCUGAGGAUAAAGAGGGAUAUCAUGUCCAUCUACAAGGAACCUCCACCAGGGAUGUUCGUGGUCCCUGAUCCUCAGGACAUGACCAAGAUCCAUGCCCUGAUCACAGGGCCAUUUGACACGCCAUAUGAGGGUGGCUUCUUCCUCUUCCUGUUCCGCUGUCCCCCUGACUAUCCAAUUCAUCCACCACGGGUCAAGCUCAUCACCACUGGGCACAACACUGUCCGUUUCAAUCCCAACUUCUACCGCAAUGGCAAAGUAUGCCUCAGCAUCCUGGGGACAUGGACAGGGCCGGCAUGGAGUCCAGCUCAGAGUAUCUCAUCUGUGCUCAUCUCAAUCCAGUCUCUGAUGACGGAGAACCCCUAUCACAAUGAACCUGGCUUUGAACAGGAGCGUCACCCAGGGGACAGUAAGAAUUACAACGAGUGCAUCCGCCAUGAAACCAUGAGAGUGGCUGUGUGUGACAUGCUGGAGGGAAAAGUUCUUUGUCCUGAAGCUUUGUUGAGUGUGAUGGAGAAGUCCUUCCUUGAAUACUAUGAUUUCUACGAGGGCGUUUGCAAAGAGAGAUUGCAUCUGCAGGGGCAGAACAUGCAGGACCCAUUUGGGGAGAAGCGUGGCCGUUUCGACUACCAGGGCUUGUUGGCUCGUCUCGGCGCAACCCACAGACGACUGCGAGAGAAAAACCUGGCAGAGGAUAACCACAAUGACAACGACUCGGACUCAGACACCAGCUCUUCAGGGACAGACCCCGACAGUCAGGGCAGCUCACAGCCCUGACUUCUUGGACAGUGCUAGACUUAUAGCCGAAAACUAAAGACAAGAGAACUGUUUUUUUUUUUUGUGUAUCUUUGUUUCUUUUGCUGCAUCGGAGCAACAUCACGGAAGACGAUGUGAGUCUUUCUUGGGAAUACGAUUGGAAUCGAGUAUCUAUUGUAUAAAUAAUACAGAAAACUAAAGAAGAGGUGGUUCCUUUUUGCUGAAAAUAAUUUAAAAAAAAAAAAAACAGCAAUCUGCAAGCCAAGUGCUGGAAAGCUUGACCUGCAGCUUUGGAUUUGUGCUACUUGUAGCUAGCCAGUUACCAUUUUGAUCUGCGACUCUAAAAGCUCAAUUUGACUUUGACAUUCUGGAUACUUGUGAAAAGAAAAGGUUAUAGUGACGGCUUGAACCUUCUAUGAUGUUCCACUUUGAUCCCCAAGCACAAACAUGUUUUCUAUCUUUUCCACACCAAUGAAAUACUGUCUGUUAGAGACCUGUGAAGAGGAGGCCUGAAGCUUGGAGCUGGUUUAAGCAAAAUCAAAGGACCUUAUCCUGGGAAUGUCAGGAUGAUUGGCCUGAUUUGGUUGAAGCAGGGUAAGAUCAAAGAAGGUGCUCCCCGUCUUUGAUUUCAAGAGGGAAGGCAAAGUUAUCCUGUGUAACGCGGAAGAUGGAGAAAGUGACUGCAGUGGAUUUGUGAGUCAGUGCCUUGUCUCCUCUAAGUGUAAAGCCAUGCCAGACCUCUUCCAGACUUGACAUCAAUUGUUUCUUCAGCCAGGCCACAAAAAUUUAAAAAAAAAAAAAAAAAUUCAGCAGCUCUGGAUUUCUACAAUAUUUCUUGUGUAUUAGCCUCUACAAAAAGUUCUGUUUAGCUUUCAGCUCUAAUUGUCCUGUUGAAUUGGUGCUUAGAGAAGGAGACAUUUUAAUUUCAUUAACAUCAUUAUGCCUUUUUAUGUUAUUUUUCUUUGCUGUAAUCAGACAUUAGACUAACAAUACCUUAAAAUAUGUACGAUGCAUUAUUUGUAAUCCUAGCUGGGGUUUGGGUUUUUUUUUGUUUUUAAUCAGUCAAUUUUUCAAACCAAAUUGUCUCACACUUUCACUAGAUUAACUUUAAUUCAGGGAAAUUAAUGGAAGGAAUACAAAACUCUGUUCUUGUAUGGACAGUGAAUUAACCCAACCAGUUUGUUCUUCUCAGGCUUUUUCGAUGCUUUGGUAGUUGUUUCUCCAUUAUCCAACCCUUGAAGGUAGCUGUCGCAGUGAACUAAUAUUCAUUUGUUAUUUCAGGUUUCUGCUUUUCACCAAUAAAUGACAGUCACGGCACCAUUGGAGUUACACAAUCACAAGGUACUAAAGUGACAGGUGUUGCUGCUUAUGCUCUGAACUCAACGAGAGGGUUUUCUCUUGGGGAAACAAAGGGGCACAGAGAGAGGAGGAAAAUGCUUGGUUGACAUGCUGAGAUUUUUCCUUCUGUCUUUAUACAAUACUCAUAUUUGCACUGAAAGAAAUGUGUGUGUGGUGGCGGAAAAGCCUUCAUUUCAGGACAUCAUUAGGUCAAUGCAAUGAUGCUUCAGAUGAGCACCUUCAUCCUGGUAAACAGUUUAUUGGUGUUUUUCUGUAGGCCAUGUUUGUAUCAGGACUUAUACCCACAUUACAACUUGGCAAGAAAACAAACUAUUGUAACAUUAACGAUACCCAGUUGUUUUUCACUUCAAUGACUGCAGCUUGUAAUAGCUUCAGUUUAACUCUUUAAGAUCUGCUCUGAAGAAGAGGAAUGAUAUUGAUAUCCUUUGUCAUUGUGCCUGCUGCAUAUAAGUUGAUGGCACUAAAAAAAAUAAAAUGCGAUUUUUGAAAGUUCUUUGAGUUGAAUGAGAAGGUGCAUUGUGCUCACAAGCUCUUAAGCUGUCCCAUGAGUAAACUUGUGAAGUUGUUUUUCUGACUGUGGUAAAUGUGUACUUUUACAUCAACACGAUUGCUAUAAAGAUGCUGUUUCAUUUCAUUGCUCAAAUUCUUACCAAAACCUUUCCUUUGAUAGCCAUUUCCAUUGUUCAAUAAAGCAAUAUUUGCUUUAAUCAAGUUUUUUUUUAUUUUCUUUUUCCCAACGAUACUGACCAUCUUUGUCACUGUGGAGGCAGCAACUAUUGGUUAAAAUGUAAUGUUAUAGUUAAAUUCCAAUGUUAGGGUGAAAUUCACAUGCAAUACAUGAACAUGCAUUAAUGUGUCAAACACAACACAUCCACAAGAAUUAAAAAUCACUUACACUUAAGCCACCUGCAGCUUAGCUUAACGGAAAAGUUGCAAGUCACACUUUCUUUGAGUGGAGAUGUAAUGACUAAAAGGUUAUCAGCACUUCUGUAACUAAAAAAAACUGUGUUUUCUAAUUUAAUUGCUACAUAAACCUACAUAAAAUGUAGGUGGAACUAUUUGUCACAAUCAAGCUGCAGCCUUCAGGUUUUAAAAAUGAACACAACUUGGAGCUGUGGCAAAGUGCUGGAUUCUGUAGAAGCAUGAAGUUAAGGGCAUCUCUGAGGCAUCACCUCUGCUAAUGCUAGUCACUGGAGGCCUUGAGGCGACUUUUGUUGUGAUUUGGCACUAUAUAAAUAAAAUUGAAUUGAAUUGGAACUUUCCCCUGCAUUUGUCUUUUAGGGCUUGAAAUUUAACUGACAAAUAAUAUCACCUGCUUUGUGGGACAGGCCAUCCAAGAAGUGGGUGUUUGAAAUUCUAGUAUUUUCUUUAAAACUUUGUUUUCUUGGGCUCUUAUUUGGUACUAAUAAGCAUUGCACUUGCACAGGUUAUGGAUGCAGCUUGCUAAGCAGCUUGCUAGCUUUAAUAAUCUUAUGCCCAAAACCAGUGGGUACCAUCAGGGCAGCUGUGUCCACCUUUUAUAUGCAAUGUAUUCCCAACUGCAUCUUACUGUCUGAGCAACUAAAAUGUUGUGAUUGGAAUCCCCAAACCAGACUGCAUUUGUACAUUUUCGUAAUACGGAAUGGUGGUAGGUAGGAUAUUUAGCUUGUAAUCAUAAGGAAGAAAAAACAAGUUCACCCAUUAAGAGAAUAUCUAACUUUCAUAAAAUCCAUUCAUGAUUUAUCUGGGCAUUAAUAGCUCUGAGUAUACUGGAUAUGAUAUUGGGACAGAGCUAUGCUACAUGUUUCCUAGCUAACAGACAUUCAUGAUCGAGUCUCAUCAUCAAGGAGAAAGAAAAUCAUAUGGCCAUUCUCUCAUAUUCAUCUCUCUAGACUAAAACAUUAUAGUGUUUUGACUAUCUUCUGCCUUCCAUUGUCCUACAGAGUUUGUGUUUAAUUGCAGUGUUGAUGGAGUCAGUUUCUGCCCUCGGCUUUGUGUCAGACUCUUGUUUGAUUGCCAUAAUGGCAUUUCUAACAUAGGGCAUUCCUUUUUGUUAUCGAAUGGUUAUGAGAAGCUGCUUCUAGCAAAGUUUUGUGAUUGCCAAAAUGUUCAAUUCAACAUGCCCUGAAAGGAACAACAGGGAUUAUAUCCUUGUUUGCUUGUGCUGUGCUUAAAGUGUUUUUUGUGGUUCAAAAAUGCCUGGAUUCACAACAGGUCUUGAGCAUGGUGAUAUUGUGCAGAAGUGUUGGAAAAGCAUAGAAUAAAGUGCUGUUCAGUCCU